UCAAUUUUCAAAUCAUGAUAAGCUUCUUUCAUAUGUUCGAACCUUUGCUAUAAAUCAAGGAUAUGCUAUAACCAUAAAGAGAUUAAGAACUGAUAGAAAUAGUGAAAUCAAAAAUACAUUGUUAGUUGUGACAGAAGUGGUUCCUAUAGAGAAAGCCUCAAGACUUAUGAAUUGUCUAUUUAAACUCUUUGCAACUAGAUGUAGUAAUGUCUGGCAUCUUGAAAUUUGUAAUUCUGAGCAUAACCAUGAGAUAAUGGCUGAUGCUGGUACCCAUCCUCACCAAAUUUUAGCAACAAUUCAUCAAAAUAAUUCUUCCUCAAUAGCAAUAUCCUGA